AUGGCUGCUUUUGGCGGGAGUCCUGCUCAGGCUGAAAUUGUAGACUUUAAAAUCCCGACUGCAAAUAAUAAAACUCUUUUUGUCUGUAACAUUCUUCCCAGAGAGUCCGAGGCUGAAAUUUAUGACUGCAUUUUCAGAGCGUUUUCUGAUUUUGGACUCCUGUACUCGGUGCGGGUUUGCAGGAAUGCUGCUGUAGCUGAACCAGGUUAUUAUGCCAUUGUCAAAUUCUAUUCAGCAUUCAGUGCUGCCAAAGCGCAAAGUGACACAAAUAAGAAGUGUUUAUUCCAAAGAAUUCCUUUGAAGGUUCAAAUGUGCACAAAGCGACAGUCUAUGAAAACUUCCCAAGAGAACCAACUUCCUCUAAAUAGCAUCAAAUGCCAGGAAUUGGCCAAUUACUACCUUGGUUUUAAUGGAUGGUGCAGUCGCAUAAUUGCACUCCAGAAUAUUUCUAAUUCAGAUGGAUGUGAAGAAAAUACCCAGGAACUAGUGCAGCUGGAGAGAAAAAGCAUAAAGUAUAUUUGCAUGAUGGAAAUAAAAUUGAUAAAUUAUGGCAUGUGUUGUAAAGGUAUUGGGAUUGCUGAAGAAUUUGACCAAGAUGUAACAGAUCCACUCAAUUUUACCUUGAAAGUUGGAAGGGCUCAAAAGGCUGCUACACAGAAAGCUUUAUCAGAUGCAUUUCAGAAGAUCUUCAUUGUUGUCCUGGGGAAUGGGAAGGUGUCUCUGCAAUGGAGUUCAGAACACAAUGAAACUGACUGUUUCACAGAGGAUGAACUUCAAACACAACUGCAGGUAAAUGACAUUUCACGGAGUCAGUUUGAACAUGAGGGACAAGAAGAAAUUCUUUCUGAUUUGAGUUUUACUACAGAAAGUAUGGAAGGCACGGAGACGUGAAGGCACUAAAACCUUCAAGAACUUCUGACAUCUUUUGAGGACAAAUGCAUGACGUAAACAUUGUGUUAACUUUGUUAAAUCUCAGCUAGGAAAUUGCUUUUGAAAAAUUGGAAGCACACAUUGUCAUUAAUGAUCUGACAAUUUACUUUAAUAAUUACACUGAAGAUAUUAAGUCUACAAAGAAUGUAGAAAAUACUGCCAAGGUAACCAUCAUUGUAUUCCUGCAAUAUGCCAGUGGUUUUAAAGAUUUUUUUUCCACAGCAGUAUAUUUGCACAAGUUGAUUCCCCAUGUGGAAUGUUGGUUAGUUGAGUUGAUUAACUGGUGAGACAUAGGUCAGAUUAGUACCAACAUUGCACAGAAUGGGGUUUGUUCCCCUUUCUGGCUGAGUUAGAUUAGGGUCCAGCUUCUCACCUUCUCCAUAAUAAACGUUCUGGCACUUUAGUAAUCAUUUGUUGAAUAACAACAAGGACCUGCCUUUGCAUAGAGGACUCAAGAAGAUGGAGAUUCUGUAUGU